AUGUUUGAGCUCAUCGCCUCGGCAGAGACAUCUAAGGAAGCCUGGGAUCUUCUAAAGAAAUCAUUUGGAGGUGUAGAAAAGAUGAGAUGGAAUGGUGAAACAAUCCAAGAUGCUCGAGUUAUGGAGAAAAUCCUACAGUCCCUAGUUCCAAAAUACAAAAUGGUGGCAAUAACCAUUAAGGAAUCAAACGAUUUGGAACAUAUGUCAGUGGAGCAGCUCAUGGGUUCUCUUCAAGCAUAUGAAGAAAGAGUGAAAGCAAUAGCGGAAGUUGGCAAAAAGGAAGAAGUCAAAGAAAAGGAAGAGGUCGUGGAAGACAAAAUUAUAGACAAGACAAGGAAGAAGAAGUACAAACUAACAACAAUCAAAGGGGACGUGGCCGAGGACAAAGUAAUGACAGAGACAGAGGUAACAAACUAUCAGAAGUUUGGACAUUAUGCAUCUGAAUGUUGGCACCGAAAGGAAAACAAGGUACAAUUUGUUGAAAAAGAAGAAAAGAUGCAAGAUGAUAUUCUGCUAAUGGCCUGUAGAAGUUCAGAAGCAAGUGAAUCCAGCACCUGGUACUUGGAUACAGGCGCCUCGAACCAUAUUUGUGGAUCUAAAGAGUGUUUUGCUGAACAUGAUGAAAGUUACUCAGGUAAAAUUGCAUUUGGACAUUUAUCCAGAAGACCGGUAAGGGGAAAAGGUUGGAUCAUGCUGGAAUUAAAGAAUGGAGAGCACAAAUAUAUUGGAGGAGUGUAUUUCGUACCAGACAUGAAAAACAACAUCCUAAGUGUGGGGCAAUUACUUGAAAAGGUAUACGAGAUUCAAAUGAAAGAUUCAACGCUUCAAAUGUGA